AUGACUAAUUACUUGAAAAAGGGGUGUUACACAUUUCACUCAUUGGUAAAUAUUCGAUCAAUAUUGGUUGAUGGAGUUGAUUUAGGUGACAUCUCAGUUUUUGGAAAUCUACAAAAUCUUGAGACUCUUGAUUUGGUUAAUUGCCAAAUCAAUGAAUUGCCAUACGAAAUUUCCAAGUUGGGAAAAUUUAAAGUGUUAAACUUGAAUGAUUGUCAAAUUAGAAAGAAUAAUCCAUUUGAGGUUAUUAAAAUAUGUCCAACACUUGAAGAGUUGUACUUCAUAGAUAGUUUUAGUAUGUCUUUUGAAGAAAUAACCCUACCCCAAUUGGAAAGGUAUCGUAUUGGUAAUAACUGGGACUGGAGUAGGAUUAGUUAUUCACUAUCAAAAUGUGUUGCUUUUACUGACAAAUUCAAUUUUCCUUCAAAAGCAACAUACAAGUAUUGCAUGCAAACAUCAGAGAGUCUUCGACUAAAUGGAAUUUCAAUUACUGAGGGAUGGAUAAAUCUCAUGCCUGAGAUUGUUGAUAUACGUCUAGGUAUGAAUGAUCUUGUUGAGCUUUGUCUGGGAGAAAUUUCACAAUUACAGUGUCUCAUUGACACAACUGGUUUUCAAGUUCCAAAAGUAUUGUCCAAAUUGGUUGCACUAGAACUGCACGAAAUGGAAAAUUUGAAGGUACUAUUCAAAGGUUCCCUUUCUUUUGACUCUUUGAAGUAUUUGGAGAAGCUAGCAAUAAAAUACUGUAAAAUGCUUCAAAGAUUGUCUGAUUCCCAGCUAAAUCUCUGCAAUCUGAAGACUAUUGUACUUCGGGAAUGCCCAAUGUUGGUUAACCUCUCUUCAUUGUUAACUUCUCGGAACCUGACGCUGCUAGAGAAUCUGGAAAUAGCUGAUUGUGAGAACUUGAGAAACAUAAUAAUAGAUGAAAGAGGAGAGAAUGAAUUAAGAGAAACAGAUAAAAAGAAAUAUGUCCCAAUGUUUCCAAAACUAAAAGUUCUUGCUAUUAUAAAUUGUCAACUAAUAGAAUCAGCACUUCCUCUGCUAUUCUCUCAAGACCUACCAGUUCUAGAAAUUUUCCAAAUAAGAAAUUGUGGUGCACUCAAAUACAUAUUUAGAAAAUGUCAACAUGUUGAAUUGGGUUUACUAAAACAUAUAGUGUUUUGGCAAUUCCCCAAAUUGAAAACACUUGAAGUUCAAAGUUGCAACCAAUUGGAAUAUAUAUUUGAGCACUACAUUGAUGACCAUCAAAACCCCAAUGGAAUUCACCUUGAUCUUCCAUCAUUACAAAAUGACCAUCAAAACUACAAUGAAGUUUGCCUUGAUCUUCCAGCAUUACAGUAUCUGGAGCUUUGCUAUCUUCCAAAAUUAGUCUCCAUAUGUCCGAAACAAUAUCAUACAACAGUUCCUCAAUUGAAAAGGCUUCAUCUCAACGAAUGCUCUUUGGAUAAUUCAAUCAUGAAGCUCCUUUAUACAUGGCAACGGGCACAAUAUCUUCCACUACAAUCAAAUAUCAUGUGCAAUGUUACGAGUAUUACACUAUCUGGUAUUUCUAAGAUAAAAUCUAUGUUUCUGCUUUUUAAUACUUCAAGAAUGCUGGUGGCAUAUUUGAAAAUUGAGAAUUGUGAUGAAUUGAAGCACAUAAUAGUAGACAUUGGAGAUGAUGAUGAUGAUAAUGUAGCCAAUAAUUGGGUCAAUGUCUUCCCAAAACUAAAAGACUUUUGCAUUGUAAAUUGCGUGGAAUUGAAACACAUAUUUGGACACUACUCUGAUCGCCAUCAAAACAAGAAUGAGAUUCACCUUCAUUUUCCAGCAUUACAAUAUCUCCAACUUCGCAAUCUGCCAAGUUUUGUCGCCAUGUGUCCUAAACAAUAUCAUACAACAUUUCCACUUUCAGUAGAAUUUUGGAAUUGCUCUUUAAAUGAUACAUUCUUAAAGUGGUUGAAGGAAACAAAUUACCAAAGUAUUCGAUACCUUAAAAAUUGGCGCGCGAGUCAUGUGCGUGAUUAUAAAGUUAGUUCAUACAAAGAUUUACAUGGGGUGGAGCAGAGCACAUGUAGUGGAAAUAUUUCACGUGUAAUAUCAGAGUGCUCUCUUACUAAGUGUGUGACAGUUCUGGAUGAGAUAGGAGACAUUCCACAAGAUGCAUAUGGAAAAGCUUUGGAAAAGUUUUUGAAUCCUGAUUGGAGAGAAAUGUUCAUCGCCAUGUCUAUUGAGAGGAAACGAGGAUGGGUACUUGGACUUUAAGGAUAAAAUCUUACAUGAAUUUGUGUUGAAAGCGAUGAUACACACUUAUGUUAGUACUUUGUUUAUGGUUUUUAUGGUUGUGUACUUUGUUCUAU